AUGUCUGACGAGAAUUGUUCGUCACCUAACAAUGAAGAAAAAUCAUAUGUGACAUUCGCCAAUGCACUUAAGAGCAUAAUCAGUGAUUAUGGUACACAGAAAAUCAACAAAAAGCGUUUACGUAAAGAUUACAAUGAUAAAAUGAAAGAAUUACGAAAUCCUGACCACAAAACUCAACCAGUUCUUGCUAUGGAAGGAUAUGGUGGUCGAGGACGCCCUGGUUUACAUCCGGAAAUGGAAGCUUGUGAAGUUCUCCGAGAACUUCUUAAAAGCGGAAAAUAUGAUGUUAAAGACACUGAUCAGGAAAAGCUAGAAGGCUAUCAAAAACUUCGAGCACACUGCCAACAUCUGAUAGCUGAAUUGGAAGUAUUAAAGCGUGCUCAUGGCGACCUUCAAGAAAAAUAUCGUCAAUUAGAGCAGCAAAAUGAUGAUUUAAAAGAAGAAAACUUGAAACUGAAGGACGCUAAAAUAUACGAAAACUUCGUGAAGAAGCUCAAAGAUGAUUUAAACAAUCUUUUACCGAACAGUCAGCAAAUAAUAAUUAAAGUUUUAUUCUACUAA